GGUUAAGACAUCUGUUCCCAGCCGAGAGGCAAGAGGCUGCAUGAUUCUAAUAAAACGGCACUAACGGAUUCUUGAUCGCCGCUAAACAUCGUCGAGCGACAGCAGAAAUUUAAUAUUAUUGUGUUCAUUUUAGAGAUAGUUUGACAGAGUGUUUUUGUUUUGUCCCCACAAUGACCGCCUUGUCGCUGUUGUUUUUGGCCGUAUCGACCGCCUGUGUCCUGGCCGAGUCCACUGUCUAUUUCCGAGAGCAAUUUGAAGAUGGGGACGCUUGGAAGAGUCGCUGGGAGGAAUCCAAGCAUAAGACCGACUACGGCAAGUUUGUUCUGACUGCAGGCAAGUUCUACGGUGAUGCAGAGAAGGAUAAAGGUUUGCAAACGAGCCAGGACGCCCGCUUCUACGCGAUGUCGUCCCGCUUCGACGACUUCAGCAACAAAGGCCAACCCCUCGUCGUCCAGUUCACCGUCAAGCACGAACAGAGCAUUGAUUGCGGCGGCGGCUACGUCAAAGUCUUCCCCUCCGACCUUAAGCAGGAGGACAUGCACGGGGACUCGGUCUACAACAUCAUGUUUGGUCCUGAUAUUUGCGGACCGGGCACAAAGAAAGUGCACGUCAUCUUUAACUACAAGGGCAAGAAUCAUUUGGUUAACAAAGACAUCAGAUGCAAAGAUGACGAAUUUACUCACUUGUACACGCUGAUCGUCAACCCCGACAACACGUACGAGGUGAAAAUCGACAAUAAGAAGGUUGAGUCUGGCAACCUGGAGGACGACUGGGACUUCCUGCCACCAAAGAAAAUCAAGGACCCCGAAGCCAAGAAACCAGAGGACUGGGACGACCGGGAGAACAUUCCUGAUCCCGCCGAUACCAAACCAGAGGACUGGGACAAGGCUGAGAACAUUCCUGACCCAGAUGCCAAGAAACCAGACGACUGGGACGAGGAGAUGGAUGGAGAAUGGGAGCCUCCUAUGAUCGCUAACCCUGAAUACAAGGGCGAGUGGAAGCCCAAAGAGAUCAGCAACACCGCUUACAAAGGAAAGUGGAUCCAUCCCGAGAUCGACAACCCGGAGUACAGCGCCGAUUCCGAGAUCUACAAAUAUGACAGCAUUGGCGUGAUUGGACUGGACCUGUGGCAGGUCAAAUCUGGCACCAUCUUUGACAACUUCCUGAUCACCAAUGACCCAAAACUGGCUGAGGAGGUCGGAGAUGACACGUGGGGGAAAACCAAGGAUGCCGAGAAGGAAAUGAAGGACACGCAAGAUGCGGAGGAGCGAAAGCUGCGUGAGGAAGAGGACAAGCAGAGGAAAGACGAGUCGAAGGACGAUGAUGAGGAGGAAGAAAAGGAUGAGGAGGACGAAGAUGGCGAGGAGGAGAACGAGGAGGACGAAGAGGAAGAGGAUGAAGACACGGAGUCCCCCAUGAAGGAUGAAUUAUAAACAGUUGAAAGGCAAGGAGCGGACUGUCAAACCACAAGAGACGACUCGCCCAGUGGGUGGAGUCUUGUUUGUUUACAAAAAAGAGUUAAAGAUAUCAUUAUUAAAUACUCUACUAUACCAUAAUAACAAUAAGACAAAUUGACAACUAUAACUGAUAUAUUAUAUAGGAAUCACAAUUAGAAAUUAAGAUGUCGCAGUGAAUGUCCAGACUAGAAAACCACAUUUUAAUUUUAUUUGUAAUUUUUUAAUUUGGUAGUUUAUAUGAUAUGGAAAUGAAAAGAGGUAUUUGAUUUGCCAAAAUCAUGGUUACCAAGAAAUGUUGACACGACAAAUCUACUUGUUUAGUUUUUGUAAAAAUGUUUGUUACCUCAUGUGUUUGUCUCGUAAUGCUGUUUUUAUUUUAUUUUUGAUUUUUGUCAAUCCCAAAUGUCAAGCGCCUGCUCAAAGGUUCAUUUAAUCAAAGAAGGGAAGAUACGGUCUCCAAAGUCUGAAUUGUAGGUCCAGUUGGGAUGUUAAACUUGUGAGCAAAUCCUUUAAGUAUGUUUGCACUGUACACUUAUUUCCACUUUUGUGCACAUGAGAUGAGUUUCUGAAUCAUUGUCUUGAAGCACUCCAGCAGCAGGAAAGCUUCUGUUCAUUUUAAGUUUGUUCAUCGUUUGGUGCGUAUGCAGUCAAUUGUCCUCAUCCCGGAUAGCCACUAAAGCUGAGCGCUGAACCUUUUUGUAAAAGACAACAUUUUGUACUAAUACUGCUGGUAAUUUAAGUGAAGGGGGUUUGUUUGAAUGCAGAAGAAAAAAAUGUUGUGUCCAAUAAAAACAACCACAGGAAAA